AUGGAAUUGUGUUUGACUAGUUUGUGGGAUUUUGUCUUCGAAAACGAGAUGGGCGGCCCAAAAAUCAUCCAACAAGAUGGCCCACCACGGUUUUAUCAACAGGUAUUUCAACAAGUUUUAAGUGGUCUUUCUUUUAUCCAUGCCAUGGGCUGGGUUCAUCGCGAUAUUCAUCCGAAAAACAUUCUCAUCGUUAACCCAAGUCCGAAAGAAGUAGGUGAUAUACGCAUUAAGAUCGCCGAUUUUGGACUUGCAAGGGAGAUUAAAACUGAUGACGAACAAAUACAGGAGCUUACAGUUAUUAAUAAACUUGAAAAAGUGUCUCCUUUAACAGUGAGUGGAUAUUUUCAUGCACCAGAGCUUAAGACUGAUUCAUACGACUUUAAAAUAGAUGUUUACAGCGCUGGAUUAGUGCUAUAUUUUAUUAGCCGUUACCAUAAGGAUAGACAAAGCGUUCUUAUGGAAAUACAAGACUUGAGGAAAGGUAACUUGCAAGUCGAUGAAAAUUUGUAUCACAAGGAUGACAAAAUCUUAAGCGCUCUGAUAAAGAAUUUAACUCAGAAGGAUCCAGUUGCGCGUCACAGCGCUUGCAAGGCCGAAGAUUUUAUGUUUCCUAAAGCGAGAAUUUCAACCAAUUCUUGCGAGUUUGAAUUCUUAGCGAGGAAACAGGAAGAAGAAGACCUAAGUCUGUGCACCAUGAAUGAAUUGACGUUGUCAGAAAUGGCAGAAGCCAUUGAACAUCAUACCCGUGUCCCGAAACGCCGGCAAACUCUACGACAAGAGCGUAUGGUGAAUGGCGUGGCGAAGCGUAUCAAAAUAGAAUAUGAUAAAGAUGUGAAAAACAUUUUCCACGUCGCGGCUAAACACGGACAAGAAGUUGUGGUAGUUGUAAGCGAGAACGAAGAGGUCGAAAUGACUGACAUCUCGACCGAACCAAUGUCGGUGUGA